AUGUCGUCUAGUGGAUUUUCAUCAGGUGUCAAAAAGAACGAAUCGGCUAUCGCUUCAGACUUUGAGUCAGACGUUGAAGGUGUCGAUGGAAAUGCAUCAAUUCCGCCUAUAAGAAGAAGCUCAUCGUUAUUUUCAUUGGCUUCUAAAGAAGCAUUACCAAAACCGGAAGAGAAGGACUAUGCUGCAUUUAUAUCAGAUUCCAGACACUUCAGUUUAGUUAGAAACUUGCACAUGGCUGAUUUCAUCACGUUGUUGAAUGGAUUUUCGGGGUUUUAUUCAAUUAUUUCAUGCUUGAGAUUUACCAGCACUGGACAAACGCACUAUGUACAAAGGGCCCAUUUUUUCAUUUGUUUAGGGUUAUUCUUUGACUUUUUUGACGGUAGAGUGGCAAGAAUAAGAAAUAAGACGUCGUUGAUGGGCCAGGAAUUGGAUUCAUUAGCAGAUUUGAUCUCAUUUGGUGUUUCUCCUGCCACCAUUGCGUUUGCCAUUGGAUUCCAAAGUACUAUUGAUGUGCUAUUAUUGACAUUCUGGGUAUUAUGUGGAUUGACUAGAUUGGCUAGAUUUAACAUUUCUGCUAACAAGCUUCCAAAGGAUAAAUUAGGAAAAUCAAAGUACUUCGAAGGUUUACCAAUUCCUACAAAUUUAAUUUGGGUUGUAUUCAUGGCUUUCUUAGUCUACCAUAACAUGAUUUUGGAUGACUUGCCAGGCCCAAUUUUAUUAGAUGGCAGCUUUGCGGAAUUCCACGCUAUUUCCUUAGGGUUUUUCAUUCAAGGUUGUGCAGAGAUUUCUAAGUCCUUACACAUUCCAAAACCAUGA